GCUCGAACGGCGGGAGGGGAAGGCGGCUGCGGCUGUUAUGAUCCACCCGGGGCAGACCAUAUGAAGAUGUGAAUAUUUUUGAAGCAAGCUGUUGGAUGACUACUUUGCCAAAGCAAUGGCUUCUCAAGAAUUUACUGUAUUAUACACUCACCAAAAAAUGAAAAAAUCCAAGACAUGGCAAGAUGGAAUUCUGAAGAUUAGAACUGGUGGAAAUAAGGCUACCUUGUUUGAUGAUAAAGGACAAUGUUUGGAGAGUAUUUUUAUAAAAUCUCAGGUGAAUGCUGGCGAUAGUUUAGAAAGUGAACGAUAUUUGAUCACAGUUGAAGCGGUGAAUGUGAAUGAAAAAUCUGUUGAAGAUCAGCCAAAGAAAGCAGAAACUCCAGCAAUGGAUAGAAAUGGAGUAAAAUCUGGUGUGCUGACUCCAAGACAUCUCUCUGUUGGCUUGAAAAGGAAGUUUACAGGUUUCCAAGGGCCACGCCAAGUUGAAAAGAAAAUAUCAACAAUGGAAGAUGGAGAAAACCCAACAAUAUUGCCUUUAUCUGAGCAGCGUCAGGGUACUCUUCCAUCCAAUUUUUAUAUUACCUCUCCAUUAUUUUCUACAAUUUGCAAGAAGGAUGCAAACCCAAAUCUAUCUAUAGACUUUCACGAGGAUGCACGUACGGAUAAUGAUACAGAACCCAUGUCUCUCUCCUCACUGCUUUCAGCUCCAUUUCUUGACAGGUGUGAGGAAACAGAGAAGCAAAACCCUGAUCGGUCUACUGUGAAGCCAGAAUCUUCCCUAAUUGCUGGGCACACCACAUCUUGUAGUCAGGCAGCUGGUCGCAGGGCAGCGUCACACAACAUCAGGAGCACAGCACAGAUACUCGCUCUUCUGAAGUCUAAACCAACACAAGGAUGCAGAGGGCAAACAACAUCUGAAGUCACAGAGUGUCUUUCCAGGUUUCAGGCAUCAGAAAACUCAGGUAGUUCACAUAACCAAAACAGCACAAUCCUACCUGCUUUUUCAGGCAACCCUGCCAAAAGACUCAUUCAGAAUAUGCAGCACUUGCCUUUUGCAAAGGAAACUGUAAACGGUAAAAAGGAAUGGAAUGCUGAACUGCUUCUAAAUUCGGCUGAGCAACCUUGUGAUCAAGAAGUCCCAGGACAGAGAUGUGGCAAAAAGGCAAAUAGUUUAAGUCAAGACUUAAAAGAUCCCUACCAUACAAACAGUUGCUUCCUGCCUGAAUCCACCUUAAAUAGAAUGAGUGACAGUCAGUUUGUCCCAUCUUCAAGUGACGUUUUGUGUUCAGCAAGUCCAAUCACCUUGGAAAAACCUCUCUCCAGAUAUAGGGAGCAUUCAGUGAGUCUUAAGGAGAAUUCACCUGUGAAGUUGCAAAGUGAGUUUCAGCUGAGGCAAAGCUCAGAAGGAGUGCCUGAUGACCCUGAGCUCUCCGGGGAUGUGACAUUGACUGAAAUUGAAAUUGUAAAGGAGGAAUUAAGUACGCAUGGCAAAGAGUGUAGUCCAGACGAACAGGUUAUGAAGGUUAACUUCAAUCUAAUGGAGGCUUUUGAUUUUAAUGACACAGACAAUGAAGACCUGUGUGAAACAGAUAUGAAUAAGUUCACUGAAGGAGACGUGCUUUCCCAAAGUCCGGAUUGCUUGAAGGGAGAAGAUGUAGCACAAAAUGCUGCUCUGAGACCUCACUCUUGCUGUGAAUUAGUGACACAGAGUAAAAACGAAGAAGUCAAAUGCUCAACGUUUGAUGGAGAGAACGAUGGAAAUCACUCCACUAAGGGUAUGCCAUCUCAGCUUAGUGACAACAGUGUCGCAGAUACAGGGGGAAUUGCAGAAAACUCUGCAAACCACAUCGGAAUCGAAGUGGAACUUUUGAGUGAUAGACACAAAGUGAAAGAAAUUAAUGAAAGUCAAUUAAGUACUGAAGCCACAAACAAUAAGAAGGAUCCUGAUGGCUGUGCAGCGCAUACCAUUAAUGGCACGUCAUGGAUAAAGAGCAAUCUUUUGCCUGGUGACACAAAUGUUAAUGACUGUCACCCUGAAACCAGUAUGUUUGAGAAAACUGAAAGUAUUUCAUGUAUUUCUACCAGCAGAAAGAUUUCUGCAAUGGGCAAAAGGACCAAAGAAGAUGUUACACAGCCUGAAUGCAUAAAAUCUCCAGAUAGCAAUUUAGAACACUUCUGGGGUACUGAGUGUGAUGACAUUAAACCAAGUAGUCCUUUGCUGGCUUUGUCACAAAAAUCAGAUCCUAGCUCUGGCUCAUUCCAAUAUAUUGCAGAAGACCAUAAAAAGCCCAACUGUGUGGACAAUUUAUCACAGAAAACAGAAGCAUGUAUUCUACCCAUAGCAGUGGCCCAAAUUGACCCUAGAACAUCUGAGUGCCAACUAAAGUCUCCAGGUUCAAGAAGUCUUCAUGAGGAUGAUCUCAACUUCAUCAGAGAAGAGAAUUUUCAAAAGAAUUCUAAUGUUAUUAUAGAGUCAAGAACAGAUCAGUCCCUGUUGGCAUUGAAUGUGUGCUCUGAAGUUCCACCAUGGACAGUGUCAGACUCACCUUCACGUUCUGAUUUGAGACCCAGGCACUGGACUUCAUGGGAACCAGACGAGGCGAUUCCAUCAGUAGAACAGAUUUCCUCACUUGAUCCAGACUUUACAAUUUCUCCACCUUCAGGAAGUGAGGAAUCUAUUGGAGACAUCCAGGAGCCCCAGAUACAUGGGAUUUUGCCAAAUGAACCAGAACUUUCAGAUAUUUUUUUCAGACAGGAGAGAUGCAGCCAUACGGAGGAAAGCAACCUCUCAAGAGUCAAACCCACAGUUAGAACACGAGCUCCAUUUGUCACUCUUCCUGCCACUGAGACCAUUCCUGACACAGUCUAUCCCACUGACAGUGAGGAGGUCCAGCAAUCUUUUGUCCAUUUAAGCAAUAAGUCAGCGGUAUUUCCUAUUAGUGCUUUUGGCCCUGAGGACAGAAAUUAUGAAACCCCAGUGUUUGCAGAGGAUACAGAAGACAGACAAAGAAAAUCCGUAGAAGCGGCGUUCCCUAAUGCGAGUUCACAAUCCAGACAAAGCAAGUGGCUAAAAUAUCAAAACAGUGCUCAGGGUGACUUGAUAACUCAAAACAGCAAUGAUGGGGAAGUGACCGAUGACACCUGCGCUGAGAGCGUCCUUGGAAUGUUGCUGGGUGACACAGGAGAGAGCAGGGCUGUGGAUAAAAGUGCUCCCGGCUCGGCACCUCUGCUGACAGCAAAGAGCACGCUGGGUGAAUGCUGUGCAAAUACCCACAACCAAGAUUUGAUUUCAGAGAGGAAGUUACUUUCUCUGCACUUAAGUCAGACACCUUUGGCUGAAGCAACACAAAAGGUGUUAAGUCAUCUGAGCUGCCACGGUGUAACAGGAGACGGCCAGGCCAUAACAAUUUCUGAGUUGUCUUUUCCUAAUGUGGAUAAAGUAAAAUUCACUGAUCUUCCUAAACGAAAGAUUUCCAUACCAACUGUGUUUCAGUCUUAUGUUCACUACAAACAGAUUUUUAAAGCCGCUCUGACAGAGCAAUUAAACAUAAUGCUAUUUGAGUUGUCACAAAGAUUACACAAUGCUCUUUCAAAAGUGGAUAUAUCAUUUUACACUUCAUUGAAAGAUGGGCAAAGUGAGAGCAAAGAAAGCUGCGUCCUACUCUGCAAUCACAUGCAUCCUGCUAAGCUUGUUACGGUUAAAAAAGAAGGUCAAAACAAGGGUCGCUUGUUUUAUGCCUGUGAUGCCCCUAAAGCUGAGCGGUGUUCGUUUUUCAAGUGGAUAGAGGACGUGAACCCUGCACAGAUAAAAUCCAGACCUAGUGUAGUGCUUCAUGAUAUAAAAAGUAUUGGGGCUUACCUCAGAAGUCAAAAGAUUUCUCUCUAUGAGGGAUGCCAGCUUUUGGUGAGGAAAGCCUUUGAAAUGCAAACACAGAGGUGUAGUAAGUUCAAGAAAUUUAUGAAUACACCUGCCAGAUUUGAAGCUGAUUCCAAAAACAAAUUAUACCUCAAACUAAGCAGAAAGGAGCAUUAUUCUCUCUAUAGCAAAGAUGAUAUUUGGGUUGUUUCAAAGACUCUGAACUUUGAUCCCGUUGAUACUUUCAUUGCAAGUAGUGCCUUCUUUGGACCAUCCUCCAACAAUGAAGUAGAAUUACUACCACUGAAAGGCUACUGCCCCUCAAACUGGAGAUCAAAUACGUGUGUUCAUGCCUUGCUGGUUGGUAAUGCUAGUGGUGAGCUUACAUCUUUAAGAAAUAUGGAGGAGCACUUCAAUCCAUCUACGUUACCACUAAUACCAUAUCUACUAAAAAUGAAUUUUGAUUCUGAAAAUACUACUAAGAGAGUCAACAGAAGAAAGUUCAUUCCACCUGCCAUCAGCCUGAAGCCCACAAUGAUGCAUGGACCGGUCAGCGCAGAGGUGGCCAUGGCACUAGCUGAAAAGAUGAUCCAAGCAUUCUCGCUGAACCCCGAUCAAGCUACGUCACUGAUUCAGAUAGCUCAGAUGAUGACCUCAUGUGGAAAUACCAAACCAGAGGAAGAACAUCAGAACUUCCCUAUCACGAUCAUACGUGGUGUUUUUGGAGCUGGAAAGAGCUAUCUGCUCUCUGUUGUGAUCUUGUUCCUGGUGCAGCUCUUUGAAAGCAGUGAAGCUACAGAGGGUCCAAGGCCAACUCCAUGGAAGCUUCUGAUUGCUUCUUCCACUAACGUUGCAGUUGACAGGAUACUGCUGGGUCUACUUGAUCUCGGAUUUGAGGAUUUUAUCAGAGUGGGAAGUAUUAGGAAAAUCACCAAAGCAAUUCUUCCCCAUAGUUUGCAUGCUGGCUCAGGAAAUGAAAAUGAGCAGUUAAAAGAGCUGCUUGCUCUCAUGAAAGAAGACUUGACUCCGGUUGAAAAAAUAUACGUAAGGAAGAGUAUUGAGCAACAUAAACUGGGGACCAAUAAAACUAUACUGCAACAGGUUAAAGUGGUUGGAGUGACAUGUGCUGCCUGCCCAUUCCCUUGCCUGAAUACUCUGAAGUUCCCCGUGGUGAUGCUGGAUGAGUGCAGUCAGAUGACUGAACCUGCUUCUCUCCUUCCUAUUGCAAGGUUUCAGUGUGAAAAGCUAGUCCUUGUUGGGGACCCCAAGCAAUUACCACCAACUAUUCAAGGGUCUGAGAGUGUUCAUGAAAAGGGAUUGGAGCAGACUCUCUUUGACCGGCUUUGCUUAAUGGGACAUAAACCAAUACUUCUUCGGACACAGUACCGAUGUCACCCUGCUAUUAGUGCCAUAGCCAACGAGCUGUUCUAUGAAGGACAUCUGAUAGACGGUGUUUCUGAGGAAGACAGAAGGCCUUUAUUGGAUUGGCUUCCAACACUAUGUUUUUAUAGUGUUAAUGGGGUAGAGCAAAUUGAAAGAGACAACAGCUUUUACAACAUGGCAGAAGUUCAUUUCACAGUCAAGCUCCUCCAGGCCCUGAUUGCCAGUGGAAUUGAAGGAUCAGCAAUUGGUGUGAUUACUCUUUAUAAAUCACAGAUGUGUAAGAUUCACGAUCUGCUUGGUGGCAUCCACGCUGAGGCUGUGGAAACCAAAGCUGUCCAGGUGUCCACUGUGGACGCGUUCCAGGGAGCUGAGAAGGAGAUCGUUGUUUUGUCCUGUGUAAGAACGAGGCAAAUUGGGUUCAUAGACUCGGAAAAGAGAAUGAAUGUUGCACUAACGCGAGCAAAGAGGCACUUGUUGAUUGUUGGAAAUCUGGCCUGUUUAAGUAAGAACAGACUGUGGGGAAGAGUGAUUCAUCACUGCAAAGGAUGGGAAAAUGGAUUGCAACAUGGAAGCCAGUGUGAGCAGCAGCUAAAUGACAUUCUCAAGUGUUAUUGGGAGAAACGGAAAGAAGAGGAACAGAAUAAGAAAAAGGAAACCUAAAACGUGCGUCUGUUUUAUCAAGAACAUGAAUUGUGCUAAUAAAUUGCAAUUGUUCUGAUAUUUUUUUAAUAUUUAUAUUUAAUGUGGGAAAUUUUUAUUUGUAUCUCAGUGUACUGACACUUCUGUUUGGACUUCUUGUUUGUAUGACUAAAAAUGAAUAAAGUAACUAUCUGCUGGA